UUCUCAAAAAUAUCACAUUCUUUCUACUUCUUCUUCUCUCUAAAGAUUGUUGCGUGUGAGGUUAAGGAUCAAAGAUGGUUUUGUGGGUAUUUGGAUAUGGAUCUUUAAUCUGGAACCCAGGUUUCGAUUUUGAUGAAAAAAUCAUUGGUUAUAUCAAAGACUACAAACGUGUCUUUGAUCUUGCGUGUAUUGAUCAUAGAGGCACUCCUGAACAUCCUGCUAGGACUUGCACGUUGGAGCAAUCCACCGGAGCUAUUUGCUGGGGAGCUGCUUAUUGCGUUCGUGGAGGACCAGAGAAGGAGAAACUAGCAAUGGAGUACUUGGAACGAAGAGAGUGUGAAUACGACUCAAAAACACUUGUUGAGUUUUACACUGAAACGGUCACUUCCACGCCAAUCGUAACCGGAGUUAUUGUCUUCACGUCAACACCAGACAAAGUGUCGAACAAAUACUAUUUAGGUCCAGCUCCAUUGGAAGAAAUGGCGAGGCAAAUCGCUACAGCUUCUGGACCAUGUGGUAACAACAGAGAGUAUCUUUUCAAGCUAGAGAAAGCUAUGUACGACAUUGAGCAUGAGGAAGAGUAUGUGAUUGAGUUAGCGAAUGAGGUUAGGAAACAACUCGAUUUACCGGAGGAAGUGAAGGCAUUGUUGAAGCCUGUGGUUUCUCGUGUUCCCGUCAAGUCUCAAGCUCAUGUUUCCACUCGUCAAAGGGUCUUUGCAUCAUGAAGAAUAGCAAAAGUCAUGGAGCUAACUUAAAACAUUGGGGGUGACGAGGCUAAUGUUAACUCUU